GUGAACUAACCCUUUAAUAACGUGUGCGGAACGAGACUCUUAUUUUGAAAGCCUCACAGUUUCGCCUCUGUCGGGUCGUGUCUCGCUUCACAGUGUCGGGCUUUUAUCAGAGUGAAUUCAGACUCCAGAGGUGAGCUGUUUCUAUGAUCUCUGGGUCUCUUCACUGCAUCCAUGGCUGAUCAUGUGGAAAAUCCCGUCAAUAAUGUGUCACAUGACGGAGCGGAGAUCAACCGGCACACCGAGACGGGCAGCACGGCGGCUCCCGGCCGGAACGAGGUGGAGCUCAACGGACAGCCGCCCACCGCACGACCCCCACAGGUGGUCACAGACGCCGAGGAAGACGAGGACGAGGAACUGACUCUCAAAUAUGGAGCUAAACAUGUGAUCAUGCUGUUUAUCCCCGUCACGCUGUGUAUGGUGGUGGUGGUGGCGACGAUCAAAUCCGUCAGCUUCUACACGCAAAAGGACGGGCAGCAGCUGAUCUACACUCCGUUCCGCGAGGACACAGAGACGGUGGGUCAGCGCGCCCUGAACUCCAUGCUGAACGCCACCAUCAUGAUCAGUGUGAUCGUGGUCAUGACGCUGGUGCUGGUGGUGCUCUACAAGUACAGAUGCUACAAGGUGAUUCAAGCCUGGCUGUUCUUCUCCAACCUUCUCCUGCUCUUCUUCUUCUCCUUCAUUUAUUUGGGGGAGGUGUUCAAGACGUACAACGUGGCCAUGGACUACUUCACGCUAGCCUUGAUCAUCUGGAACUUCGGUGUGGUGGGAAUGAUCUGCAUCCACUGGAAGGGUCCGCUGCGGCUCCAGCAGGCGUAUCUGAUCAUGAUCAGCGCUCUCAUGGCUCUGGUCUUCAUCAAGUACCUCCCCGAGUGGACCGCCUGGCUCAUCCUCGCUUCUAUAUCUGUCUACGAUCUGCUGGCAGUGUUGUGCCCUAAAGGACCUCUGCGUAUCCUGGUGGAAACGGCUCAAGAGAGGAACGAACCCAUUUUCCCAGCUCUCAUCUACUCCUCAACCAUGGUGUGGCUGUUCAAUAUGGCGGACACUGCGGAGACCAGGAAUAAUUCCAGCCAUCCGGUUCCUCAACAGGAGAACCAGGUUGCGGUGGCGCCCACAGCUCAGCCGGAGGAUGAUGGGGGUUUCACGCCAGCAUGGGUGGAUCAUCAGCAGCACCAGCUCGGCCCGAUGCAGUCCACUGAGGAUAGCAGACGAGAGAUCCAGGAGAUGCCCUCCGCACGGCCGCCACCUGUGGACGACGAAGAAGAGAGGGGAGUGAAGCUGGGGUUGGGAGAUUUCAUCUUCUACAGUAUGCUGGUGGGUAAAGCUUCAGCUACAGCCAGCGGUGACUGGAACACGACGCUGGCCUGCUUUGUGGCGAUUCUUAUCGGUUUAUGUCUAACUCUUCUCCUCCUGGCGAUCUUCAAAAAGGCCCUUCCAGCUCUCCCCAUCUCCAUUACCUUCGGCCUGGUCUUUUACUUUGCCACCGAUAACCUGGUGCGGCCGUUCAUGGAUCAGCUGGCUGUUCAUCAGUUCUACAUUUAGAGAGGUCACUUCUCAUGCACUCCACUCACAGCUAAUUCCCAGAACCCUUCUUUCGGGGAACGUGAUCCCUGUAAACUAGCACACCUUUCCUCUUCCUCUGGACACAUGACUGGAUUUGCUGUUUUUGGCAUUGAAUGACUCUUUAUUAAUUACAGUGCCUCUCCAGUGACUCAUCUGAUCCUGAUAUAUAAUUAUUUCGGUUUGUUCCGAACAUUUGUUUGUUGGGAGAAAACGCAGAGGCCAUCUAAAGUCACCUUACAUGUAUGAAUGCAUUACCGUAAGUGGAUGACAGUGGUUAAGACUUAAUUCGGAGUUUGAUCAACUCUGUUGUAUGGAAUGGGACCAGAGCUUGCUUUGUCCUCCCGAUCUCGGAUUCACUCUGUAGGCAUUAUGUUAAUUCCAGCUGCGAUAUAGCAAGCAUUAACCCAAAGCUCUCUGAAUGAUAUGGCUGCACGCACACAGGUAGGUAUUGAUGGCUUUUGUUGGUCUUCUGAGGGUGCCUGUGAUGCUUUGAGUUUUCUUUAACACCAACAGAGUCCGUUCGACCAUUUCAGAUGAUAUCAUAUGUUCUGGUUAACUCUAGCAUUAAAUCAAGUGCUGAUCCAAGCUACUGUUUUGAUCUCCUAGAAAGUCUGGGAGCAUAAUUUUGGAAUGUAUAAACUUUCUCUUAAAUUUCCUUCAUGUUUGGACAACAUUUCAGGAGCUGUUUGUUUUCAGUGUUUUUGUUUUGUUUCUCUUCUUUUUUUUUUUUUUUAUUUACCAGCAAAACGGUUUAUGAAUGACUUUUACUUUCAUAUUACCCACACCUUUUGUCAUUUCAAGAAAAUGCAAAUGUUUUGUAACUAAAUUGAAAGAUUCACAAAUAAAGGGGUUGCUCUUGUGAGCAAA